AGCCCGCCCCGAGUCCCUCAGCCCCAAGGCCAGCCCACUCUGGCUCAGCCAGGCACACUAAACUUAGCUUCCACUCCCGGCCCGAUAGCCACCGUCACCGCCCCUGCUGGGCUGCCACCUGCACUAGGAGACGCUGCCACCAGACCCUGCCCAGAGCACCCACUCCUCAGCAACCGCCAUGUCCCAGACCAAAAAACUGAAGGUCCGCGUGACCCUCUUCUGCAUCCUGGUGGGCAUCGUGCUGGCCACGGCCGCCGUGGUGACCGACCACUGGGCCGUGCUGAGCCCCCACCUGGAGCACCACAACACCACCUGCGAGGCGGCCCACUUCGGCCUCUGGAGGAUUUGCACCAAGCGCAUUCCCAUGGACGACAGCAGGAGCUGCGGACCCAUCUCUCUGCCCGGGGAGAAGAACUGUUCCUACUUCAGGCAUUUCAACCCAGGCGAGAGCUCAGAGAUCUUCGAAUUCACCACUCAGAAGGAGUACAGCAUCUCGGCGGCCGCCAUCGCCAUCUUCUGCCUGGGCUUCGCCAUCGUGGGCACCAUCGGCGUCCUCCUGUCCCUCGGGAAGAAGCGGGACUACCUGCUGCGGCCGGCCGCGAUGUUCUACGCCUUCGCGGGUCUCUGCAUCUUCGUCUCGGUGGAGGUCAUGCGGCAGUCGGUGAAGCGCAUGAUCGACAGUGAGGACACCGUGUGGAUCGAGUACUACUACUCCUGGUCCUUCGCCUGCGCAUGCGCCGCCUUCGUCCUCCUCUUCCUCGGCGGCCUGGCCCUGCUGCUCUUCUCCCUGCCCCGAAUGCCCCGGAACCCCUGGGAGUCCUGCAUGGACGCGGAGCCCGAGCACUAGCCCCGCGGGGCGCCAGCGGCCCUCGGCCCUUCGCCCAGGAAGCCCAGCCCCGGCCCAGAACCUUCCAGAGAGGUGACAGAACUUUUGCCCUGGCCCUGUCCACCCACCCCAGACAGUCGCGGGCUGCUUCCCCUCUCUGAGCUCUUGGCGAGGCUGCGACGGGCUCCUCUGCGAAGAGAGCGAGUGGACCGAGGCCAGACCUCCCAGGCCGAGGGGGCAGGGCCGGCAGGUGGCGGGGUUUGGAGGAUCCCAGCCUCCUGUGGAGCCCCAGGCGUCCCCACUGCGCCAGUUGUCUCUGCUGAGCUGACUCCAGGUGUCCUUUAUAAACCCCCCAGGGACGACCUGUGCUCAUUUGCCAGUUCUGAGUGUUCUCCUGGGUAAAUAGCCAGCCCCUCUCUCCUCCUGGGCGACAAGACACACUCUCUCCAGUGAGCCCCGAGAAGCAUUUUUAACUGGGUAGAAUCUGACUGUGGCUUGAAAUAAAAGCUCUCAGAAAA